AUGGACAAAAGAAGGGCGGAAAACAAGGCCUAUUUGAUUGGCCCAAUCGUACGCCAUCGCAUCCAAGACUCCUUGUUCUACAAAGAGAAACUUUACCUUACCAACGAGUCGUCAAUUGUGCCCGUAAUAGUCGAGCACGUGCACUCUGUGGGUGGCACGGACGAAGCAGGCAGACCCAGUCCUUUUCUCUGCUGCCUACUACGGCUUCUCGAGUUGGAGCCUUCUCCUGCUAUAAUUCAGCUUCUUCUAACUCAGAAUGGCUACAAAGAGUUCAAGUAUCUCACUGCGUUGGCGCUAGUGUACUGCCGCUUAGUGUUUGAUGCCAAAGAGAUGUACGCUUUAUACGAUGAGUACAUCAAGGACUAUCGGAAGCUACGAAUGCAAUUGAAAACCCCAAGAUUCGAGAACGAUUUGCCCAUCCACUACAAGUUGGUCCACAUGGACGAGUGGGUGGAUAUGUUGGUGGAGGAAGAGAGCGUGGUGGACUUAACGCUCCCGUAUAUUGCACCAAGGAAGGUGUAUGUGGAGAAGGGAGAGGCUGAAGUGAGGGUCUAUGGUGGUGACAAUGACAGCGAAGAUGAUAGUUACGAAAGUGAUUCUGAUUAG